ACGAUACGCGAUUGAUGCUCGUAGAGAAAUGGUCAGCUCUGACAAAAUGUUUACUUACUUAAAUGCAUAAUUGAACAACUGAAUUUCUUAAAAAGUGUUUGUUGUGUAGCAAUAAAGUUUCAAUGUGAUAUACGUGCAUAUAAAACUGUACGUUGUACAGUUGCUAGCAACUAUUUAUAGUUGAUAUCUAUUUGUAGUUUGAACCGUGCCCCGCUUAAGAUCCCGUUAAACAAAGGGCUCAUUUCCUGUAUGCAGUAUGUGGAUAACACGAGCUUCAGACGUGUACGGACGCGUAGCGUUGAACUCAACUAACAGUCCAACGACCACUAACAAUUACUUCGAUAUAACUUCGAUCGCGCUCGGCAGAAGUGUAAUAUUAACAAAAUCAUUCUUUUUAUCAGUGAUCGUAGUACGAGGUGAUAUUAUCAGCAAUGGAGAGAUUAAAGAACUGUUUGCUCAAAAAACCUUCCAAGAACGAUCUGGACGAUGGGCUGGAAACGGCGACUGAGUACACCGAACGCUGGACGUCGGUGCGCAUUAUAUACUAUACAAUGUUUCUAAUGUCACUAGGAUUCAGCAUAAUCCUGACGGGCGUGUGGCCAUACUUGGACAAGCUAGAUCCUCACGCCGGAAAGGAGUUCCUGGGAUGGAUCGUAGGUGCGAAUCCAGUCGGACAAAUGAUCUUCAGCCCGCUCGUCGGAUGGUGGGGCAACCGGUUAGGAUCGAUCCGAUUGCCACUGCUCUGCUCGCUAGCUUUAUUUUCCAUCGCCAGCGGAAUCUACGCCUGUCUCGAGCUGUUUCCCACGCAUCAAAAGUACUGGAUGCUUUACUCCCGAUUUCUUAUCGGUGUGAGCUCGUCAAGUGUGGCUGUCUGUCGCUCGUACCUUUCGGCGGCCACCAAGGUAAAGGAGCGAACGGGCGCGGUAUCGAUGGUAUCGCUCGCACAAACGCUAGGAUUUAUCGUCGGACCGGUGCUGCAGGGAGCCGUUACGCUGUUCGGUGAAGAUGGACUGCCGCUGAUCAAAAACAAAUUACACCUCAAUAUGUACACCGCCACGGGAUGGAUUAACGUUUUUAUGGGAAUCUUGAACUUUUGCCUGUUCUUACCGUUCGUGUUCAAAGAGAAACGGAUCGCUGCCCGCGAAGCCAUGAUGCAGCAGGGACUGCAGUCGGAGAAGGAAACGUGGAAAUCGAUGAAACCUGAUUAUUUAUCUGCCUGGACCUUAAUAUGUGCAUUUUUCAUUCUGGUCUUCAACUUCGUAUUUCUCGAAACACUGGCCACGCCGCUGACGAUGGAUAUGUUCGCAUGGACGAAAGGCGAAGCAUUAUACUAUAUGGCUUGGAUUAUGGCCGUUGGGGCUAUAUUGGCCAGUGCGAUGUUUCUCAUGAUUGAUCCAUUAUGCAAGAGAAUUCCGGAGCAGCAAGUGCUCAUAUGGGGCGGAUUUUUCCUGAUGGUGUUAGGACGCGCCGUCUACAUCCCGAUGAGCGAUAGUCCGCCAAAGUUAGCACUGCCGGAAAAUGAAACCCUUACGGCAAUGCGAAUGGAGGACAGCAUGUCGGCGUACGUGUACGGGUCCAAUUUUACAGAUGUGCGUUCGAAUAUGACCAGAGUGGAUUUUGACUAUGGUGGACCUAUUACCACAACGGACCCGAUUACCAUGGUUGACGCUAAGGAUUUCCUGGGCUGUCCACCAGCUCAGGAAUGGUGUAAAACAACGAGAGGAAUGACCAUUACCCAAUUUCUCAUAGGAUACGCUUUUACCGCUAUCGGGUAUCCGAUUGGAGUUACACUGAUUACUACGAUAUUUUCAAAAAUUCUUGGACCACGUCCACAAGGUACCUGGAUGGGCAUAAUGACUGGCUCGGGGUGUCUGUCAAGGGCGCUAGGUCCGGUGUUUUUAUCGACCAUCUACACCAAGUAUGGUCUCUACUGGACGUUUGGCAGUACGGCGGUAAUGAUGGCGGGUACGAUGCUAUGGUUGUGGCAAAUGAGGCAACGAUUAGUUCCCAUCCCGUACGACGCAAGUUGUAAGGGCGAAGAGCUAGUGGCGGUGAUCGCAAAGCAGGAACAAGCAACGGACCAAAAAAAGACAAGCGAAGAAGCAACCGAUCAGCAGCUCAAUGGAAAUCCCAAAGACAGCAACGCUACCGGAGACAGCUGAUCCCACACGGCCUAGCGUUACAUAUACAAUUGGCAAGCAACUAUUUGCUCAAUUUACCCUUAUUUCAGUGUUAGAGUGGUGUUUGUUUUGUGAUAUUUUCCUCAUUGGUAAGCGAAAAGUGUAAGCAAAGAGCAGCA